AAAACCCCCUUUUUACCGUCUUCUUCUACCCCUCGCUCUCGCUCUCUCUCUCUCUCUGAAGAAAAAGAAGUCUAGGGUUUCUCUCGUAUUCCCUUUGCUUUUUCACCAGAUCCUCAUUUUCUAGAAAACGGUUUCCAUCUUUCUCUGUGAAAUGCUCGCCAAUCUACAGUUUUUUUCACUGUAAAUCCAUCUUCGGAGCUUUCUCGACUGCAAUACAGCAAGAUGAUGACGCUGACGAUCUCAGGACCUCUAACGCUGGGUCAGGUGUCAUUUUCCCUUGGGAUCAUCCCAAUAUUUGUAGCAUGGAUUUAUUCCGAGUUGUUAGAAUACAGGAAAAAUUCAAUUUCUAUGAAAGCGCAUUCUGAUAUCAAUCUGGUUGAGUUGGGAAAGGAAGCAGUGAAUGAAGAUGACAGAGUUGUCUUGUUGGAGGGUGGUGUCAAACCUGAUUCUCCUAAAGUUCACAACCCAUCUGUUGCAUCACAGCUUGUCAGAUUCUUUCUUAUGGAUGAUUCAUACUUGCUUGAGAAUCGAUUGAUACUGAGAGCCCUAUCUGAAUUUGGAGCUAUUUUGGCCUACUUCUACAUAUGCGAUCGUACAAAUCUCUUUGGAGAGUCAAAAAAGAGUUACAAUCGGGAUCUUUUCCUGUUUCUGUACUUCCUCCUCAUCAUUGUUUCAGCUAUGACUUCUUUCAAGAUCCACCACGACAAGUCACCAUUCUCAGGCAAAUCCAUACUUUAUCUGAACAGGCACCAGACUGAGGAAUGGAAAGGGUGGAUGCAGGUAUUGUUUUUGAUGUACCACUACUUUGCUGCAACAGAGAUUUAUAAUGCAAUCCGUAUGUUCAUUGCGGCAUAUGUGUGGAUGACGGGAUUUGGAAACUUCUCUUAUUAUUAUGUCCGGAAGGAUUUCAGCAUUGCACGGUUUGCACAGAUGAUGUGGCGGCUUAAUUUCCUUGUGGCAUUCUGCUGCAUCGUGCUUAAUAACAAUUACAUGCUAUACUACAUCUGCCCAAUGCACACCCUUUUCACUCUCAUGGUUUAUGGUGCACUUGGAAUUCUAAACAAAUAUAACGAGAUAGGGUUGGUUAUUGCUGCAAAAAUCGUUGCCUGCUUUUUGGUGGUUAUUCUGAUUUGGGAAGUCCCUGGAGUAUUUGAGUUGAUUUGGAGUCCAUUCACAUUCCUUCUGGGUUACAGCAACCCGGAUCCUUCAAAACCAAAGCAUCCGCUCUUGCGCGAGUGGCAUUUCCGCUCAGGGCUUGAUCGCUAUAUAUGGAUCAUUGGAAUGAUAUAUGCUUACUAUCACCCAACUGUUGAGAGAUGGAUGGAAAUUUUGGAGGAAACUGAAGCAAAGAUUAGAAUAUCAAUCAAAACAGCUGUCGUGAUGAUUUCAUUAGCGGUGGGCUAUCUCUGGUUCGAGUAUAUAUACAAGUUGGAUAAGAUUACUUACAAUAAAUACCAUCCUUAUACAUCAUGGAUCCCGAUAACUGUCUACAUUUGCUUGCGAAAUUUCACUCAGCAGUUCCGUAGCUUCUCAUUAACCCUUUUCGCGUGGCUCGGAAAAAUAACACUGGAGACCUACAUCUCCCAGAUCCACAUCUGGCUAAGGUCGGGCAUUCCUGAUGGACAGCCUAAAUGGUUACUCUCGCUCAUCCCGAACUACCCACUUCUCAACUUCAUGCUAACCACCUCCAUAUAUGUUGCUGUUUCGUACAGACUUUUUGAACUGACAAACACAUUGAAGACAGCAUUCGUCCCAAGUAAAGAUAACAGACGCAUUUUGCACAACAUGAUUGCAGCAGCAGCAAUUUCAACCACAUUGUACUCUCUGUCCUUCGCAUUUCUUCAAUUUCCUCUGAUGCUGGUAUGUUUUCUCCUCGUCUUUUCCAUCAAUAAGGUUUGGAAGCAGUUUUAUUAUAGUAGUAAGAUAUUACAAUCCAUAUGCUGGUAAGAAAGGGCUUCUUAAUCAAGAUAAGCAGCAUGAAUUGUAGUGUCUUAUCCAAACCGAGUAAAAUUAACGAGCUUCAGAGGUUGCUAAUAUCUGGUUUUGUUAAAUUCUACUAAAUUCUAGGUAUGAAAAAUCCAAGGUGAAUACGGUGAGCUUCCAAGCUUGUCCUUGUGUGCGUCCUGGCCACAACUGUACUGGCAAAAGGUUAAUUGUGCAUGUAUAACAGAGAUGAAGGCAGACGUUGGCCAGGAUGGUGUGGUCCAGGGUAUCUCCUGUGUACAGAAAGUGGUGGAUGCGGACCUAUGCCUGCAAUGAUGCGGUGUCUUAUGCCAGUUUUUUACUAUACUUAUGCAAGUGCCAUGAUUCCAAAGUGCAUUCCUUCCAUCCUGCACAUACAUGGGAUAUGAAAUUACUUUUUUUUUUUUUUUUUGGACAGUACUAAGGGCCCAUACCAAAUGAAACCUUUUUAUUUUCAAAUUAGGUGCCAGCUUUGUUACCAUUCAUAUAAUCAUUCCAUUUUAUUCCA